UCAUGUGCCAUGGAGCCUAACGUCAACAUCAAACUUCUGCUGCUUCUGUGCCUUGCCCUUGUGGGAUCUAUCACCGCAGCUAGACUCAAGGUGUCUGGCACGAAUCUGGUUUACAAUGGCGAAAAGGUUUUCCUCAACGGAGUAAACUACGCGUGGUACAAUUAUGGCUACGACUUUGGCAAUGGCGGAUACUCGGACACCCUGGAGCAAUGGCUGAGGGAAAUUGGGGCCGCCGGUGGAAACUCUGUCCGUGUUUGGGUGCACGUGGAGGGCUACAGUACACCAGAAUUCAACAGUGACGGGUACGUUGUCGCCUGUGACAGAACUGGGCAGUUUGAAGAUGAUGUGCUCAGGUUCCUGAACGUAGCAAGGGACAACAACAUUCUAGUGGUGUUGGUGUUGUGGAAUGGAGCCUACUUCACCAACCAGCCAGCCAUUAACCUGGUCUGGGAAGACUCUAAGCUUGACUCCUACAUCGAUAACUGUCUUAACAGUCUCAUGCACAAGAUCAAGGGUCACCCUGCCCUGGGGGCUGUGGAAGCAGUGAAUGAACCCGAGGGUUCCGUGAGGGUGGAGAGCAGCCAGGAACACUGCUACGACACCACUCUCAUCGGCCAGAACGGUGCCGGCUGGACAGGCAGGAACAUCCCUAUGGAGAGGUAUCUUCGUUUCAUCGGCCGCCAGAAUGAGGCUGUGCGCGCCAUCGACCCCGAAACACUUAUCACACUUGGCUCCUGGGGCCAGUUCGCGCAGAGUGACGCCUUUGGGAACACUCACAAUCACUACAGCGACGAAUGUCUCAACAAUGCCGCCGGUGGGAGUAACGCGGGUCUCGACUUCUAUCAAAUGCACAGCUACGCCUGGGGCAGCACCUGGAGCCCCAACGCCCCCUUCACGGUGGACGCAGCGGACUACGGUCUAGACAAGCCUAACGUGAUUGGUGAGUAUGCCUCGGUCUGUGCCCAGAGCGGUGAUUCGCUGCCGGCACUCUUCAAGUACGCCUACGAGCACGGCUACAGCGGCGGCUGGAGUUGGCACUACACUGGUUCCGGAGAGUGCUCUGACACCCGCCAGGCUCAGCUAGACGCCCUGGGCACGCUUGCUGGCCGCACUGAUCACGGAAAAGUGGACAUCGUUGUCGAAUAACUUGAAUACCUACCAUGGUUCCCUUGAUAUAUUUGUAUAGCCAACUCUCUCUCCCUUGACACCAACGCCUGGACCAUUUGGCUUGAUAUGUCCAUCACUUUAUGAGAUCUUGGUUGUGAGUUAGAUUGAAUAAAGUCAACAC